GCCACCUCAGCUGGUUGAACCUGGUCUCCCUGGGGUAGACUCUGAGACAAACAGGGUAGGGUCCCAGCGGAGGUGACACGCGGGCGCACCAAAGCUGGUGGAGGCAGAUCGUUGGGCACCUGGUAGAAGCCUCCUGAGGUCACAUCCUGGGUCCUGAGCAGCCGGCAGGACCUUGAGUUGAAAAUGCAAACUCAGGCAGCAACUGUCAUUGUGACUCAACCUGAACAUUUUCGUGCACCCCAAAACUCCAACUGGCAGACAGGCCUCUGUGAUUGCUUCAGUGACUGCGGAGUCUGUAUCUGCGGCACGUUUUGUUUUAUGUGCCUUGGGUGCCAGGUUGCUGCUGACAUGAAUGAAUGCUGUCUGUGUGGACCAACUGUCGCCAUGAGGACUCUCUACCGAACCAGAUAUGGCAUCCCUGGAUCUAUCUUUAAUGACACCAUGGUGACCUUUUGCUGCCCUGUGUGUUCUCUUUGUCAAAUCAAGAGAGAUAUCAACAAGAGGAAAGCCAUGAAUGCUUUUUGAAAAGACGGGUGGUAAAAAGCUCGUACAGAAGAAGUUAAAACCCGCAGACAUCUCUCCAGCCGCAGUACUUCCCUGAAAGGUGAUGGAUAUGUUUAAUUACGAGACGAUGAAAUAAGAAAAACCUAAAUUUGGAUUUAAACGCAUGUUGUUCCUGAGCUCCUUGCUCCUCGCCCCUUAGUUGCUUCUUAUCACCAUAUUAGCAUAUUUUCUGACUUACAAUUUUUUACAUUACAUUUAAAAUAAAA